ACUCCUGUUACUUCUCCUAUAAUCCUCACAAGUUCAUACGAUAAAAAGAAGGCUCAACAAUGAGUUCGUGGGAAGAUUCUUUGCCCCAAUUGUCACGUAUAAUGGCGAUACUUGAUGGACCAGGAGAGAAGAUCAGGUCAUUACCGAAACGCAAGUUAGGCCUACUAGCAUGUGGAAUAAUAAGUGUAUUGCUGCUCCUGCAUGCCGCCCUCGAGUAUGGAUUUACUUCAAGAGAUACGGUUCCUUUGUUGGAACCACUGGCUUCGUUUCACGAUGGUGGCAGCACGUUGAAACGUGACUCGUGGAUAUCGCAAAGCGACUAUGAUAUUGUUAUUUCCCAUUACGACGAAGAUGUCAAUAUGAUGAGAGAAAGUAUUGAGAGCGUUUUGCAACGAUUACCUUCCAGCAAAUCCCACCGAGUUAUCAUAUAUUCAAAAGGAGACCGCAACAAGGCCGGUUUACGAGAGUUAUUAGAGGUUUCGGAUGAAGUUGUGGCCAUCCCUAACGUGGGACGAGAAGGAGAGACUUAUCUCAAACAUAUAAGCCGGCACUACAACACGCCCGAUACGGGUCUGGCAGGUCAUACCAUCUUCAUGCAGCCACAUGUCGCCUGGCACUGGGUCUUUCUUCCUCGUCUUGAAAACCUUCUCAAACCCAAUACCGGGUUCAUGUCUUUUGGCCCUUACAUCAACCAAACUUGCGGUAUGGACUCUUUAAACCAGGCUUUCCCCCGUAUGGCCGACAUCUACAGUGCUUUUAGGGGUGAUCUCUGUCCUCCUAUACCACAGCUUGCCACCUGGGCAGGUCAAUUCGUAGUCUCCAAAAAGCGUAUCCUCGAAAAUCAACUCCGUCUAUAUGAGAACCUCCGAGAAAAAUUUCACGCCCCACCCGAACAUUGGAUAUGGAAGGAAGGAUGGUGGAAUAGUAAACCUUCAAAUCCGACUCUAGGACACGCGCUCGAAAGAAGUUGGCCGGUGAUAUUUGACUGUACAGAUUACACAAAGGCGGAGACUUGCGGCGAAGGGCAUGAUAAGACGUGCCAGUGUUUAGACUGAAUGGCUAGUAUAAGUUUAAAAAGAAUUAGACGUUUGUGCGUUAGGCAUUAUUAUUAAAUGUAUCUCUAGCGGC